UUCUUCUUCUUCUUCUUCGUCUUCGGCUUCUGACCUCUACCGUCUCUCUCUUGCUCGUCUUCUUCCUCUUCUUCUUCUCAUUCUCCUCCAUCAUCCGCUUCUUCUUCGGCUGCGGUGUCGUCGACGCCUUUUAAUCGGCUGCGCUCCUUAUUUGUGCUCUCAGCCCGAGCCUCUGCAACUGCGCCCGUCCGUCCUGCUCUUCGCCUGUCUUCGCUCUUCUGAUCGAGACGAGAGAUCUCGGCCCCGGGGCAAGAAUCACAGCGGACUGUGAUCCGCAGCUUCGAGUCGACUGCCUGCUGCCUCUGCGCACUUCGGCCGCGGUGGUUUCGAUUUUUCUGCAGGGAUUUCGCGGUGAGCGAGCUCGGCAGCGUGCGGCGUACUUCGUGCUCUCGGAUCCAGCAAAUUGUCGGAGAUGAAUCGCAAGCCGGGCGAUUGGAACUGCCCCUCGUGCCAGCAUUUGAAUUUCAGCAGGCGCGAUACUUGCCAGCGGUGCAGCGAUGCGAGGCCCGGCGGAGGGAUGGGAGGUGUGGGCCGCGCUGAUGGAGGAGGGGAUUACGGGAGCUACGGCAGUCGGGGAGGUGGCUCAUACGGAUUCGGAUCAGGGUAUGGCAGCGGAGGAGGAGGUGGCGGCGAUUACGGUAGGAGUUACGGGGGAAGUUUCGGAUUCGGUGCUAGCUCUGACUCGGGUGUAAGGCCCGGCGAUUGGUACUGCCCCGCUAGUGGUUGCGGGGCGCACAAUUUCGCGAGUCGAAGCAAUUGCUUCAAGUGCGGUGUGUUCAAGGAGGAGUCCGCCAGUGGAGGCGUGGGUUUGUCGCAGGGUUACGACGGUGGCAGCAGGGGCAGCAGGGGCAGCUUUGGAUUCGGCUCUUCUUACAGCGCCGGAGGAGCGGGUCCCGGAGCUGGUGUAGGAGCCCGUCAGGGUUGGAAAUCUGGCGAUUGGAUUUGUGGGAGGUCAGGAUGUAACGAGCAUAAUUUUGCCAGCCGCAUGGAGUGUUAUCGAUGCAACGCACCACGUGAAUCAGGUGCCGAAGGUCUGGUUCUCCAUUAAGCAGUUGGUUUUAACGCCUCCUGCCGAUUUCCAGGUACUGCGAUGUGAUCGAAAGGGUGGAUGGGGAGCCAGGGGUAUUAUUAGUGCAGAAGUCAGACAGACAGACGAGGGAUGGUUGUAAUUUUGGAUUGUGAAGGAAGGUGGUUCGGAUAGGAUUGUAAGAUUUUCUCGGACGGUGGACAUUUACUCGCCGUAUUGGACCUGGUGGAAGGUGAAGGUGACUGGUGCGUCCCUUUUGGUACUUAGGAGCAUUUUGCAUAGUUUGUAAGUCAGUGCCCUUGCCAUUGUAGAAGGAGAAGAGCUCCAGCGGCCAGCGGGCUUGUAAGAAAUUUUGGAUUUGGUCUCGCUGUAUGGCAGCUUUGAGCGAACGUACUUGAGACCUCUGAUAUGCCUUAUCGUAGUGACAUGUAGCCUGAACACCCUUGGCUCGAUUCCUAGGGUUUUUUGUUACUGUUUGUGUAUAUGGGCUACUUUCAUCGGAUGAUAUGAAAAAUUCCAUAUCUUCUU